AUGGUUAUGUUGGAGACGGAGAUGUGGGAUGUUAUAUCGGAGCGGAAUGAGUCCGCUGUCAAGCGAGCAAGCUCCGAAGAGGCAGUUCAAGCUGGUCGGUGCAUAGGGAUCGAGAUCCCCGGUGAAAGAGCGUAUCUGGAAAGGGUAUUUGAGGUACAGGUUGAGGUACCGGAUAAGGAGCUGAUUGCGAGAGGAUGGGAGGGAUCGGAGGGCGCGGAGGAUAUUGAGAUUGAUCCGGACUGGGCUGAGUAG